AGCCUAUGCGCCGGGUUACGCCAUUUUGAAAUUCUUAGGCAGCUUUAAAGGGUUGCAGUUGCAACAUAUUUGAAUGGACAGAAUUAUUUAACAACAUUGCAGUGUAGUCGUAUUUGUUCAUAUCGUCUGCUAUGGCAAACCGAAACCUUAAACAGGUAAAUAUCCAAAACAGCGCUUCACCAAAACCUCUAAAUCAGAAGCGCAGCACCGAUUCUCCAAUGGACCGAAGGCCAAACAUGGAGGAAGGAGCACAACCACCUUCUGUGGUUAGUCCAGGAGCUGAAAAUGACGGAGGCGAAUCGAUGGAGAUGACGCUAGAUUUGAAAAGCUUUCGCAGGCCUGGAGAAAAAACAUUCACACAAAGAUGUCGAUUGUUUGUCGGUAACCUACCAACCGACAUAACUGAAGAGGACUUCAAAAAACUAUUUUCCAAAUAUGGCGAGGCAAACGAAGUAUUCAUCAAUCGAGACCGAGGUUUUGGCUUUAUUCGGCUGGAAACAAGAACUCUUGCAGAAAUCGCCAAGGCAGAGUUGGACGGUACUGUGUUGAAAAAUCGGCCCAUUCGCAUCCGCUUUGCAACACAUGGUGCUGCUUUGACAAUCCGCAACCUCUCUCCUGUGGUGUCCAAUGAGUUACUGGAGCAGGCCUUCAGUCAGUUUGGUCCAGUAGAGAGGGCCAUUGUGCAGGUAGAUGAUCGUGGCCGACCAACAGGAAAAGGCUUUGUUGAGUUUGCCAACAAACCUGCUGCAAGGAAAGCGUUGGACCGCUGCAAUGAUGGAGCACUGCUUCUUACCACGUAAGAGAUAAAGUUGACAACUUUGACAUGAAUGAAAUUUGAUGAAGAAGAUGGCCUUCCUGAAAGUUAAAUUGGUGAUUUGCAGAAGCAAAAGGAGAGAGAGCAGACUCCGCGUUUUGCUCAGCCCGGCACCUUUGAGUUUGAGUACUCGUCACGCUGGAAGGCCCUGGACGAGAUGGAAAAGCAGCAACGGGACCAGGUGGACAGGAACAUCCGUGAGGCUCGGGAGAAACUGGAGACAGAGAUGGAGGCAGCCAAGCAUGAGCAUCAGCUUAUGAUGAUGAGGCAGGAUCUCAUGAGACGACAGGAAGAACUCAGACGUUUGGAGGAGCUGAGGAACCAGGAACUUCAGAAGCGCAAGCAAAUUGAGAUGAGACAUGAGGAGGAGAGACGCAGACGAGAGGAGGAGAUGAUGCGCCACCGUGACCAGGACGACAUGCGACGACAGCCAGAUGGUUUCAAGCCCAAUUUCAUGGACAACAGGGAACAAGAAAUGAGAAUGAAUGAAAUGGGCCCUCGAGGAGGAAUUAAUAUGGGAGAUGCUUAUAACUCUGGUGCAGCUGCGGGUGGUAACCAGGCGCCCUCUCAAAUGCUGGGUAUGGGGAUGCCGGGCCGGGGUGGAGCCAUGGGGCCUGAGGGAACACCACUGAUGCCUGAUAAUGGAGUGAUGCGCAAUGAGCGGUUCCCCCAGGGUGGUCCUCCUCAGAUGGUGUCCCCCAUGGGCGGACGGCCAGGGGUGGACUCACCCCAGCAGCAGCAGCAAGCAGUGGUUGGAGGGGCUGGUGCAAUAGGUGGGGUUGGGGGACCAGGUGCUUUUGGCCGAGGAAACCCAGUUGGAGGCAACUUUGAUGGCCCCAACAACAAACGCCGUAGAUUUUAAAUUUUAUAUAAUUAUUGCCCACAAUAUUUUUCCGUUUUUUUGUUUUGUUAAAUUCUUGUACAUACCCAGGUUUUCACUAUGGGGUGGGGAAUGGGGUCAUAUUUCUCUGUGUUGUUGUCCUACUGCGGUACAUCAAGCUUGGCCCAUGUUGUACAAUCUUUGUUUGCUUUUUUAUGUGCCUAAUACUCAUCAGGAAGUUUAGCAUGAGCCACCCUUGCAACCCUACGUCAUUUUGAAGUGCCCUGAAGCACCCAAAGACAACUGUGAAUACAUUUUACUAUUAUAAACCCCGCAUUGUAAUGUUGAGUAUUUUUUUUUCUUCCAUAGAUAUCCAUAUUGUGAUGUUUUCUUAAUUGGUCGUUAGCUUUAUUGUGUUUCUUGCAUGCUUUAUUACAGUUGAAAUGAAAUGCAUUUUGUUCAGUUCAGUGGUAUGUACAAUAAACCCAUUUUCAAAUGUG